UUGCUGCUGCGACGGGUUUGAUUUUUGUCGUUUUUGACCGCCGACGACGCUCUGCAUCUGCGUUCGUGCGCUUUUUGAAAGCUCAAAAUAGUUACAAGAUGUUCAUCGAAGUGAGUAGAACGCCGCAGCGGGUACUUGAUCAGCUUCUUUUCACACGCUGACGCCAGCGGGAACGUUGAAUCGCAAUCGCAAUCGCACUCGCAAAUACCGACGCGGAAUAUUCCAACUCGCAGCAGCCGACGACGUCUCCGAAAUCGAAGCACAAAAAGAUAUUAAACUGAAACUGGCCGCCAGCACAAACGCAAUGUAAUAUUCCAAGCGGUCAAUCGCAGAAACUCGCAGCAUCAAAUCAAAAGAAUAAGAAAAAAAACCCAACAAAUUUUUUAUACACCAAUCCUCUAAAACCAAAAUACCAAACCUACUCUCAGUGGAACAAGAAGUGCAUGUGGAGCCAUUGUUAUUUUUAAAUUGCUGACCGCAGAAUAUUUUCGUUUAAAAAUAGACAGCCCGAAAACAAGCCGCCGAGUUUUCCGAAACAGAAAUAAACCAAAAACCCAAAGGGUAAAAACUCAAAAGUGCCAAAAAAAUAAAAGAAACACAAAAGGAGAAUUCCUAUUGGAAUGUAUACAAAGUAAAAAAGUGCGUGCUCCAAAAAUAAACAUCAAAACCUCAAAAGUAGCAAAAACUAUUUUUUUGCCGCUUCAUUUUUACAAAAAAACUGAAUUUUGGUAAACUUAAAAAUCUACCAAGAAAAAGCCAAUCAAGUGUCAAAGUUUAAAGUGUAAUAAAACAAGCAAAAGCUUACCCAAAAAAUAAACAGAUAAACGAGACAGAGGAAUAAUUUACUUAAAUUGUGUGCAUUUUAUACAGAGUUUCGUCUUUUGGAAUAUUAUUUAAUAUAAACAGAAAGCGGUACCACAAAUACAAAAAAUGAAUAAAGUUUCGCAUUAAAGUGUUCACAUAAAUUUAGUUUUCGAUUCUUGGUGAACUUUGCAUUUUGGAUUUCUGCAACAGCACUUUGGAUACCCGUGCCAGUGAAUCGUACUUAUUCUCAUCGAUCCAGAAGCAACUUGAAAAUAAUUCCACAAAGUUGACAUGUUUGAUGCCAGCAACGUUUGCUCUACUUUACAUACCGGUAACUUCUAGCUAGGCGCUUCGUUGAACACAGUGGCAGGAGUAGAGGCUGCAACAGAAGCACCAGGAAACAUGGAUCUGCCGUCGAUGGUGCAGCGAUCGGGUGACACGCUCAUCGUGCGCAGCGUGGUCAGCGGCAAUCAGCUGUAUGCCGAGCAGGGCGGUGCCCACCAUCCGGAGACCCACAACACCAACAACAAUGGUAGCUCUGCUAAACCAAACGGCAACACCAGCUCCGCAAACACACUGGCGAGCUCGUCGCUCCUAGAGCGCUUCCGCUUGCAGCAACUUCUGCAGCAGCAGCAACAAGCUGCGGCAGCAGCUGCAGCAGUGGUCAACAGCGUGCAACAACAACAGCAACAGCAGCAACACCAGGCCACCAUAAGCCUGGACGCCAAGGAAGAGGGCCUGCCGCAGUGCAAGAUCAAGCGGAACUACAGCUGCAAUCACUGCGCCUACUUCACGCAGAACCCACGCUACCACUUGACGCACCUGCGCGACGUGCACGGCGAGAAAAUCGUGAUCAACAAAUGCAAGCUCUGCCUGUACGCGUCGCGACACUUUCAGAAGCUGGUGCGCCACAUGAAGAUGGUGCACGGCUGCACCGACGGCAUACCCAGUGGCCAUGGCCAGGCCCGGGGCAAAAGAGGAAUGAGUCGGGAGGCCCGCAAGCGUCGGCUCGAGGAAAGUGUGGGUGUGAUGGGCGGUCAGUCCCCUUCGGUAGCAGUGCCCGAUGUACCCACCCUGGAGCAGGUGAAACGCGAGCUGCAGCGGCAAGAGGAGAAGCUACAGCGCGACAUUGAGGCCUACAAGCAGCGCCAGCGCGAAGAGGAGCAGCAGCAACGCGAACUCGAGCUGGCCAACAGUGCGUAUGAGCGACAGAUGCAGGUUUUACGCGAGUUUGAGCGACAGUCGCCCGCCGAACCCCCUACGCCUUCGCCAACUAGCGGCUCGGCCACGCCGCCCUCGAACGGUGAGGAGCCUCAAAACCGUCUGCUUAAGUGCAGCGCCUGCGAGUUCACCACGCUGUACCGCACACAGCUGCGAGCCCACGAGCUGGCCGAGCACGGCAAGACCAAGUUCUUCCGCUGCGACAAGUGCAGUUACGUGACCCACAUUAAAGCCCGAUUCAGCAAGCAUGUCAAGUAUCACUCCAUGCCGAUGAUCAAGUGUGUGACCUGUGACUUCCGCACCCCCUACAAGUGGAAUCUCGAUCGGCAUAUGAAGAAUCAUGGCGGUGCCGGUGCUUUUAAGUGCGCCGCGUGCGAUUUCACCGCCGACAUUAAACAAUCCUUGACGGUGCACGAGAUGAACCACCAUGUGCCGCCUGUUGGCAACGCCGGGUCCAUUUGGCCCAGGAGACAAAACAAGGUGGGUGCCAGCGAGAUGUGUGAUGAUUUCCUAAGCGACUCCGCUGAACUAGAGGACCAGUACAACAAUAACAAUGUUGAUGACGAUCUGGAUGGCGGCGAGGAUCCCGAGGAGGCCAUGAGCGGUGGCGAGGACCAGCAUUUACAUCACUACGGCAAGCGGAGCAAGUACGACGACGAGGAGGAGCCAACGGACCUUUCGCAAAAAGGGGGUUGCUCCUCGGACACCUCCAGCGUGGGCACAGCAACGCCACGUGCCCAGCGACCGAUGCCCAAUCUCAUUCCGAUCAACAAAGGACCCAAGGACGUCCUAAACCUCUCAAAGGAGACCAAUGCUUCGCGCAGCUCUCUGACCGAAAUCGCAUCAAUGUUCUUCAACGAAAAGCAAAUCUCAGAAAUGCUGGAUAAGUCUGAUGUUCCCCAGCUAUCACCUGCGACAACAGUGGCCUCCCAAAGCUCCAGUCGCAGCCUCCUGACCAAGAAAUCCAGCUCCAGCUUCCUGGACAAGCUACGGACGGGGGCUCAGCACGAGAACCUGGUGUGCCAGUGCGGUCAUGUGGCCAAAUGCCUCUCGGAAUCGAUUAUCCAUGGAAAGAGCUGCCACGCAUCCGCGGUUAUCAUCGAUGAUGACGACGCUGCCCUGCACGAGGACGAUGCCGACGACCGUUUGGAGAUCGACGAGGACGAUGAGGAUCACCACUCGCACUCUGCUUUAAAUCUUAGCGUGACUGGUUCAACGCGCUGCCAACAUUGUCGCCACCGCUGCAAGUCGUCGACAGAUCUGCUUCACCAUCUGACGCAGUGCAUUGAGGCAAUCCGCUGUGCCAAUGAGAUGUACGAUUCGAAUUCGGGAGAGAGCGCCGACCGGCGACCAGAUCCCCAGGCACUUCAGCAGCAGGCCGCCGUUCAGCAGCAACGCGUCUGCAUUUGGAACAAGACAGCCAAGGAAAUAGCCGCCGCCACCGCAGCCGCUGCAGUACAUCAGGAGGCUGGAAGCAAGAGCAUGGUCAAGUCCCCAGCCGGAAGCCAGACCGCCAGCAACGAGGAAAACAGCUAUUACGGCGUGGAGACGGCACCCGGCUAUGGCGAGGUAACCAAAAAGAUGACGCCCGAAGAGGAGGCCGCCAACUCCUCGCUGAAGAAGGUGUACAAGUGUCCGCACUGCAGCUUCUGGGCCUCCACGGCUUCCCGAUUCCAUGUCCACAUCGUCGGCCAUCUGAACAAGAAGCCGUUUGAAUGCUCCCUUUGCUCGUACCGCUCCAAUUGGCGCUGGGACAUCACCAAGCACAUCCGCUUGAAGACUAUCCGCGAUCCCUCCCAUAAAACAGCAAAGGUUCUGAUGAACGACGAGACAGGACGCCGCAACUACACCAAGUACAACAAGUACAUCACCUUGAUGAAGGUCACCGAGGAAGAUGGCGAUCCUAAGCUGAUGAAGUCCGGCGAGAUGACCCCGAAUCAGGUGGCCUCGCUGGCCUUCCUAAAGGACUACGCCAAGGUAGGGGCCGUCCCCAGUCAGGACAUUACAUUUGAGCCGGUGCUACCGAGCAAGCCGAGUGCCUUGGACGAUGCCCAUCUGACAGACAACCUAAUACGCAUCCCUCUGCUGGCAACCAUGAUGAAUGCGGCGAUGGCCCAGCAACAGCACCAACAGCAACAGCAGCAGAAGGAUCACCAGUCUGCCAUGAUUACGCCUUCGGUGACCAUAUCACCCGUGAAAAGGCAGGGACCGAGCCUCCCAAUGAGCGGAAAACCCAGCGACGAUCUUAUUACCGAGGUGCACCAGGAAGGUAAUGAAAAGAGGACCGUCUACCGCUGUCGCAAAUGCAACUUCGGUCACCAAAAUCGUGAUGCUGUGCUGGCUCACGUCAAAAUCCAUUACCAAGAUUCUAGCUAUCCAAAGUCGAGCCCCUUGGCCAGUACCUCGCCGCUGCAGGUUUCCGUUGGUGGAAACCAACAAUUUCUGAUUAACAAGGUAUUUGCCGCCUUGUGUCUCACACAGCCGCAAUCGCCAAAUUCCAGUUCCGCCGGUACCAGUCCGGCUGGGAUCUCAGCUGGACUGCUUCAGCGGGCAAUCCAGGAGGCCCAACACUCGCCAACGCCCAACUCCAGCGCUCUGAGCGGACUAGCCUUGGCGUUGGCGGGCGGAAAGAAUCCGCCGGGGGCCAAUUCCAAUACGACGAAAGCCAGUGCCGCCUCCAUUUUAGAGCACGGUGAGCAGAAAGCGAGUCAAAACGAGGCAAGUGCCGACAGUCUGACGUCGCCGAACACCACCACCGCCACCAAUACCGUCACUACCACUACCAAAGCUAUUAUAACUAGCACCACCAAAGACACCGCUAAAUCGCUGCAGGAUCUGCUAACCUCACCACGCAGCGCUAGAAAUGGAACUCAUCAUACCUCUUAUGCUAACAGUAACUUGGUUUCGGUUGUGGGAAACGGAUUCCGGCCGGAUGCUUCCGUCUACGUCGCCUCAUCUACCAACAACAACACCACACCACCACCACCACCACCAACUACCACUUCCACAACCAAGAUCAAUGCAUCGCCUUUGCCAGUAACUACCACUCCUACUCCUAUUUCUACUGCCACACCAACUCAGUCACUGGGUUCGGGUAAUCACCACCAUCACAGGUCAUCCACUUCAUCCCACCAUAAUGACUCCCAUCAUUUGCACAUUGCCGGUGAUGGCUACCUGGCAGCGGGAUUAACUCACAGCCCACACUCCACACCCACUAACCCAAAGGAUAAAACAAACUCCCAAACGUUUCCCUCGUCAUCCUCCUCCUCGUCGUCGUCUUCGUCUUCGUCGGCGUCAGCAUCAUCGAUAGCGUCAAACUCAUCGGCUGCCGGUUCUGUAUCCGCAUCAUCCUGUACUGCAUCAUCUCCUCCUCCACCGCCAGCUAAAACGCCACAGCAACAACAGGUGCCUGGUCAAAUGCCGUCGACGAGAUUCCAUAGCCAUAGUCCAUUUAGUCCGGGUUCAGGUGCAGGCGCCGGCAUCCUGAGCAUGACCGAGGGCGAACGUCGCGACCCGUCGCCUUACCGAUGCGGCCACUGCCACCAGGUCUCGAAUUGGAAGCAUGUCAUCCAGCGGCAUUGUCGCUUAAAGCAUUCCGGGGAUAUUCGGAUCGAGACCCUUGAGCGCGGAGUCAGUGUCCCAGCGAAUGCCCCACCCGUCUACAGACCCCUGGGGGCAGGUGCCAGCAACGAAUCUCAGAGCCACAUUCCCUCUACUCCCAGUCUAAAAGCCGGAGGCAUAAACAAUGCCGCCAACAAUCACAACGCCCAACUAGUUAUGACCAACAAACAGCUAGAACAGCUCCUCCACUCACCGCUCUCCGCCAGUGCCGCCGCGGUGGUGAAUGCCGCAAAUACCCAGCAGGAUCUUCAGGCAGCGGCCGCCUAUUGGGCAGCCGCUUGCAAGGCAAUGGUCACCAAUGGCAGUGCCGAGGAAAUGCUGCAACUGCAGCAGAACGACCAGAUCGAGAUCACUCGGUUGCCCUUGGACCAUUCCGCCGUCAACAACAACAACAACAAUACGAAGAGCAAGCAGCAAAAGUGCCCGGUGUGUCCCUACAUCUCGGAAAGCAAGUCCCAGAUGAACUACCACGUAUCCCUGCACAAGCCCACCCAGUACGAGUGCAGACUGUGCACAUUCGUCUGCGCCAAGAAGCAGCACCUGAGCAGCCACAUGCGCAGUGUCCACCAGCAGCAAAUGGCCUCUGGAGCAGCUGGCGCUGGAGGAACAAACACUGGUGCUACUGCCAUCACAUCUGGAGGUCCUCCUUUGGGUCUCGAAUUUAGUGUGGCUCUGCAGUUGGCCGCUGCAGCGAAGCAAGUGCAACAGCUGCCUGCUUCCACACCGCUCUCGAUUGAUCUUUCCCAGCUCCAGCUGGAUGCUGCUUCGGAUGCGGAGCUGAAUCCACAACAACUACCACCAGAGUAUCAGUACAAGCUGAUCAGUUACUGUCCUCGAUGCCCAGCUCGCUUCGCCCAAAAGCAUAACGACGAACGCAACGCCAAGCAAGAGCUGGAGCAGCAUCUUCUGGCUCAUAGCUGCUCCUCUGGCGACCUGGAUGCGGAGGAUCAGGGCUAUGUGUGCACAUACUGCGAAUAUCGCACAACGAAGGAGACCUUGCUGCAGCUUCACAGGGCAGUGCACAUGUCCCACUACCAGGAGAAGUGCCAGCAAUUGUAUAAAAACUGCAAGGAGGAUGUAGCAUACCCGGCGCCCAAGUUGCUUCAGUUAACAGGUCCAGAAACCAUCUGGGUGGUGGAUAAUGAACUGAGCCUGCAGCUUCUUCUACAGUCCAACGAUAGUGGCACAGUUAGCUCGUCAACCGGUGGCUUCGACAACCAAAACUCGCUUCUUAAGAAGCAACUGGAAUCUGGAUGCGCUGGAGGUCAGGUGGCUUCACUUACAAAAACACCCGAGGAAGCCCCCGAUGAGGACGAGGAGCGGCACAGCACCUCUACCCCUUCAACCAGUGCCUCUGUGGCCACCAGUGACCUAGCAGCAGAUGCAAGUAGUGAUGCCGGAUCCAUCGAUGUACCCCAAUCUACUCCGACGCCAGAACGCUGUCUCCAUUGUCCAUUUGAAACGCUUGAUCAUGGGGAACUGCAGCAGCACCUCCAAAAACACACCUGCGAGAAUCCUCCGCCUUCAAACUAUCACCAGUGUGCCCAUUGUGAUUACAACGCAAAGGAGGAGUCGGAAAUUGAGGAACACACACCAGUGCAUUUCAAUGCGAUCGAGAAACUGAAGUCCGUGGAGUUUUUCACCUGCUAUGACCAGUUGGAGAUAAGUGUGGAGCAGGAACCGGAAGGAGAGCAGGUGAAGCAGCUUACCGAGGAUAACAACAAUCAGGACAACGUCAUUAACGCUAAUGUUCAACAGGAGAACGAAAAUCCAGUAGAGGCACCGGAAGAAGAUGAAGAAGUGUUGGAGGACCCGAAAGCCAAGAAGCCAAGUACCAAGCUGAUCCUCUACAAGAACGACGGUAGCUUGAUUGUGAAGCCCUCCCAUGAGACCGAAUGCUCUUUGGUGGACGCGCAGAAGAGCGAGAAUAUCAGUGAUCGCCUGCGUCGCAGAAUCUUGCGAGGCACCUCCACCAAUCAGCCGGAGGACUCUCCAUCCCAGGAGCGUUCUAGUACACCGGAGAAAAUGAUAUUGGUUAACGCCAAGACGGGCAAAGUCAUUUCCAGAAAGUAGGCCGACCAAAGCCAAAUCCCCUUUUUAACUUUAAUCAUACAGCCUCUUAGUUUUUUUAUAUUUGAAACAUUUCUUGGUUAUGUUAAUAUUUUGUUGUUGUGUUAUUUUAUAUAUUUUUUUCCUAUUAGUGGAGAUCGGCAUUUGAUUUGUUAUAGGCACCUUUUCGGGGUUUAUUUUUCUCUAACACAUCCGACCAGAAACACACAAACACACCUAGUUGGAACAAGUUCCUGCACUUAUAACUUGUUUAAGUCCUAAGUUAAUCUUACCUAUUCAUAAUUUAUCAUUAACCGAAUAUUCGAAUAUUUCUGUAUAUGGGGAUAUUAACUGCUGGAUUGCGGCAAUUUUUAAUUUAAAUUUAUUUUAUUGUAAACUAUCAAAGAGGAAACUGUAAUCAAAAAAUGAUUGAUUGCCAAUUAUAUUUAAUAUGUUUUAAAUGGGUAAACAGCCCAAAAAGAGCAAAAUCCAAAAGCGUUUCAAAGAAAUCAAACUUUGUAUAAAAGAAGACAAAACUGUUAAAAGAUAAAAUUCAAAAUUAAGUCUUGCUUACAUUUAUUUGAUUAAUUUUUGUCUGAAUGGGAACUGUGAUUAUUGAUAAUUGUAAAUGAAAUAAACAAAAAAAAAAAUGAUAAUGAAACGCAUAUAUCAUACAAUGAAUAUGGUACUAUAUACAUACUAUAUAAUUCUAUAAUAAUAAUAUAUAUACAUAUAUAUAUAUAUUUACACAGCUGCUGCAGAAACCCACACAAUUUAAACGCAAUUCAAGUAUCAAGAGAGAAUUGGGAAAUGUUGCAAUAUUUGCAAUAUAAGUUGCACAAGUAUAGCACAGUUAAAAUUAGUAAUUUAGUUUAUAGUAUAGUUUUUCUUUGAAAUAGUUUUGUUCUUAAUUUUAUUUCAACGAUUGUUUUUAUAAAAAACAACGUUUUUAUAGCACAGUGUAAGCGUAAAAACACUACAAACAAGAAAAAUUGUUAUCAUAAACUCUAAGCAAACAAAAAGAACACAUGUGGAAUAGCGGGGCCAUAUUUAAAUAGUUAAAAGCAAAUUUAAAACCUAAACCAAGCAAAUCAAAACCAGAAGGUUACGUAAGCAAGCGUAAUAAGUAACGUAUACAGAAAUUUACUUGAAUAUAACUGCGAACCGCCUUUGAUAUGCAUAUAUACAUCUUAUACCGAUACCAAUAUAUCUAUACACCCAUACAUAUAUAUUAUAUUGAAAUAGUCCUUAACAUUAAAAUUAAAGACCUAGUGUAAAUAACUUUGUUUUUGUU